UCAGAAUACAAAACCUUAGGCAAUCAAGCCUUUUCCGCGAAAGAAUAUAAAAAAGCGAUAGAAUGUUUCUCUAAAGCCAUUGAAUUAGAUCCUUCAAACCAUGUUCUCUACUCGAACAGGUCUGCGUCUUACUCGUCUUUAAAGGAAUACAAUAAAGCUUUGGAAGACGCGAACAAGACCGUUGAAUUGAAGAACGAUUGGGCAAAGGGCUACAGCAGAAAAGGUGCUGCUCUUCAUGGUCUCGGUAAGAUUCAAGAAGCGCGUGAGACAUAUCAGGAAGGUCUUAAGAUUGAUCCAAACAAUGCUCAGCUUAAAAAGUCUCUCGAAGAUCUUGAACGUGUUGAGAAUCCACAAUUUAAGAUAUUCAGCGAUGAUGCUCUUGUGAAAAUCGCCAUGAAUCCGAAAUUGAGA